AUGAACUCCUCUGCCCCACCCGCGGCGGCAGAGUAUGGCGGAGAUGAGGUGUCUGCGAUAAUCCUGGACCCCGGAUAUGCCUCAACCCGGGCUGGAUUUGCGGGUGAAGACACCCCCAAAUCGGUCAUUCCUUCAUACUAUGCGAGAUACUCUGCGGACGCGCAAGAUAAAUAUGUUUACGGCGACAACAUUUAUGUUUCCCCUCGCCCAGGCAUCUCUGUUCACAACCCGAUCGGUAGGGAUGGAAUUGUGGAGGAUUGGGACAUGGCCGAGAAACUAUGGGAAUACUCUUUUACCUCGCGGCUGACGAGACGAAAACCUGGGAAUGCGAUGCUGAACGGACUAAACGAUCCUAACCCCGAGGAUUUACCAGCCGAAAUGGAAGGGGUAGAAACAGAAGAAAAGCCUCUGGCUGAUAGCCCGCUGCUUAUGACCGAACCAGGAUGGAAUCCCACCAAAGCGAGGGAGAAGACCAUUGAAAUUGCCAUGGAGAACUGGGGAACACCAGCCUUCUAUCUCUCUCGAAAUGGGCCAUUAGCUAGUUUUGCGGCCGGCAAAGCAACAGCCUUAGUAGUCGAUGUUGGCGCUAGCAAUGUCUCUGUGACCCCAGUUCAUGAUGGCCUAAUUCUUAAACGGGGUGUACAGCACUCUCAGCUUGCUGGCGACUUCAUCUCUUCUCAGAUUCGGGCUCUUCUCAAAUCGAGUACACCACCCGUUAACGUGACGCCUCAUUACUUAAUUGCUUCCAAGGUUGCGGUUGAUGCUGGCCAGCCGGCUCAAGCAGUGUACAAGGAUUUGCCAGAAAACAAGUUACCUGACCCUUCGUACCGCCGCUUGAUGGAGGAUCGAACACUCUCUGAGUUCAAAGAAUGUGUGGUCCAAGUCUGGUCUGCUCCUGGUUCCUUGUCCGGCCAAAGCCCCACCGGAGUUCCAAACGAAGAGCUUGCAAAGGGCAUGCCAAUGCGUCCAUUUGAAUUCCCAGAUGGCUAUAAUCAGCUCUUCGGUCCUGAGAGGUAUCGUGUUGCCGAGGGCUUAUUCGACGCCAAAGCUGCUCUCCCUGACCCAGAUUCGGAAUUCCCCACUCCGACCGCCAGCCAGACAAUACCAGAAUUAAUCCGAAGCGCCCUGAACCAAGUCGACGUUGAUAUUAGACCGACUCUACUUGGUAACGUAGUCGUGACGGGAGCAGCUAGCUUGCUGUACGGCUUUAACGACCGAUUGAACCUUGAGCUCACAAACAUGUAUCCAAGCCCGAGAGUCCGAAUAUCUGCUCCAGGAAACACUGCUGAGAGGAAAUUCGGCUCAUGGAUAGGUGGAAGCAUUGUAGCGAGCUUAGGCACGUUCCAUCAAAUGUGGAUCUCGAAGAAGGAAUAUGAAGAGCAUGGACCAAACAUCGUAGAAAAGCGAUGCAAAUGA